AUGCCUGAUAAUGAUUUCCUGAAAGUGCCAGAGGUGGAAAUACCGAAACGUACCAAAUCUAAGAGUGUGCAAGAAGAGUUUGUUCCACCAGACGGAGGAUGGGGGUGGGUGGUAUGUGUGACGUCAUUAUGGGUGAAUGGUACAGUGUUUGGAAUAUUAAAUACAUUUGGUAUAUUGUAUGUUAAAUUAAGAGAUAAAUAUGCAGGAAAUGAUCCCAGUAUUUCUUUUAAAACAUCAUGGAUUGGUUCUGUGUCGACUGGAGUGACUUUCCUAAUGUGUAUGAUAGCUAGUAUUAUAAGCGAUAGACUUGGAAUCAGAAAGACUGCUUUAAUUGGAUCACUGCUCGGAUUGAUAGGACUGGUUUCAAGUGCCUUUGUGGAACAAUUAGAGCUUCUUUAUUUAACUUAUGGCAUUAUUUUAGGAGUUGGUUCGGCCUUCGCCUAUUCCCCUUCAUUAGUGAUAUUGGGGCAUUAUUUUAAGAAGCACAUGGGUCUUGUAAACGGAAUCGUAACAUUUGGAAGUGCAAUUUUUACAAUUGGUUUAUCCUUAGGACUUCCCUAUUUAUUAAAAGAAGUCGAACUGAAAUACACAUUUCUAUUUUUAGCCGGAUUAUAUUUAAUACUUAUACCGUGUGUUUUAACGUGGAAACCAUUAAUACACCAUGAAUCUAAACAUCCAUCCUUCGCUCUAUCAACAGAAAGUAUUUAUAAUCAUUGUAACGACUUCUGUUCGUGGACAAGAAAAUAUUUAAAUGUUAGAAUUUGGAAAAACAAAGGAUAUGUUGUGUGGUCAUUAUCAUGCGGUCUUUCAUUAUUCGGUUAUUUUGUUCCAUUCGUUCAUUUGGUGAAACAUUCUAAAGAUUUAUUCCCGGAUGCUGAUGGAAACUAUUUGAUUAUGUGUCUCAGUAUAACGUCGGGAGUUGGUCGGAUUAUUUGUGGCAAGUUAGCAGACAUGGCAUGUGUCAACAGAGUCAUCAUGCAACAAACAGCGUUUGCUAUUUUCGGAAUAGCUGCACUGUGUAUUCCAUUCGCUGACAAUUUCUAUGGAUUAAUUGCUAUUUGUCUCGUCAUGGGCAUGUGCGAUGGAUUGUUCAUCUGUUUGAUUGGGCCUAUUGCCUUCGAUUUAGUUGGACCUACUGGUGCUUCACAGGCUAUAGGAUUUUUAUUGGGAAUAUUUUCAAUACCUUUAUCAGUUGGUCCCCCUAUAGCAGGUCUGCUCUACGAUUAUUUGGGAUCAUAUAAAGUAGCAUUCCAUGUGGCUGGCGUUCCACCUAUUGUUGGGGCAUUAUGUAUGUUAUGUAUUCCACGUACUAAACAGGUAAAUAGAUCUGUUAAAUUUUCUUAUGAUUCAUAA